CUUUAGACUGUUAUCUAACCCCCAGAAAAUUUCGCAGACGCCCCUGUGCCAGAACGUUGACCUUCCCUCGAACGUAUAAACUCCCUCCACGGUCGUCUAGCGUCGUAGGGUUCACCUGUGGCUACAGUGAAUGCCGAGAGAUCGGUCGAACUGGCCAGGAACGUCGACGACAAGGCGGAAGGGUACGCUUCACGCCUCGUCGACCUUAAACGUUGUUACAUAAUGUGUUGGAAGGUUGCUUUACCGUCGGCCUUCUGAACUGUUGCCUUUAUGCAUGGCUCUCCUUUCGCUUCUGAACAGGUAGAUGGAGAAAAGAACAGACAGAAAGAUGCUCUGGGGUCUCUGUCCUGGCCUCCUUCACCCUUCAGUGGUCACAGGAGACGUCCUCCAGACAAAGGAGGGACGAACUUAUUGCAACGAGGAGGUGCAACGUUUUCAUUUCAUGUCUUUAAGAAGGAAGAUCGUGGAAGAUAGGAUAAGAGAUAGGUUUGAAAGGGAUCUAUAAAGGCUAGGCCUGUUUCUUGAUGAGGAAUAGAAGGAAGAUUGCAGGUAUUGGAAGCAAUAUGCCGGACGAAACUGGAAAGGGUUGCUCGAUUUGGAAGAAAGCACUGGACUGAUCAUUUAUAAAUAUGAAAUGGCCAUUAUGGAGGGACCAGAAUGCGAUUAUUGAACCUGACGACGUGCCUAACAGAACUGCCAGAUGUAGCGCCGUGCAACGGCACGGUUCGACUGCCACCCCCGUGCGAGGACUCCCCUAGCAGCGGCAGCAGCAAGGACCGCAGGGAAGAGAGUCCUCGCAGAAGAUGCCGAGUGUUGGCGCCCAUCUUGAUCCUGGUGGGGGCUCUGCUCCUAGGAGGACUCUGCCUACCGUUGAUUCUACAAUCCGCGCCUGUUACGCAUCAGCAGAGGCUGGACGUCAUCAGGAGGAUUCUCACUGAAGUGCCUCUGAUCGACGGGCACAACGAUUUGCCCUGGAACGUCAGGAAGUUUGUACACAAUCAGCUAGGUGAGGUCAACCUGAGCAGCGACCUUGGCAGGGUUGAUCCUUGGGCCAGGUCUGACUGGAGCCACACGGACAUUCCUAGAUUGCGCGCUGGGCUCGUCGGUGCACAGUUUUGGUCCGCUUACGUCCCAUGCGGUGCAGCCCAGUUGAAUGCAGUCCAACUUUCCUUGGAGCAGAUCGACGUGAUCCGGCGACUAGCCGAGAUGAAUGCUCAACAUUUAACUUUGGUUACCUCCGUCAAAGGUCUCGUGGAGGCGCACCGAGAAGGCAAAAUCGCAAGUCUUAUCGGGGUAGAAGGUGGUCACUCCCUGGGGAAUUCCCUGGGCGUUCUAAGGACGUUUUAUGGUUUAGGCGCCAGAUACCUCACCUUGACGCAUGCCUGUGAUACUUCCUGUCUGUUCAGUUGGCGAGACGAACAGUACCCAAAACUCAACGCCAGGCCUCAGUGAGUUUGGAAAGG